UACUACUAUGAUCAGACCGCUCAGGGUGCACGUUAGUCUUGGACCGUGGCAGCCAAAAACACUGGGGAUGGAAACUAUACUAUAAACGCUGUUGGGAAAGUCUACGAAGAUCGCCUAGAAUCUGAGUGAAGAUGGCCUUAUUUAAGAACAACUUCUGGGGGGAGAAAAAUGCUGGCUUUGACGUGCUCUACCACAACAUGAAGCACGGCCAGCUGGCAACCAAGGAGCUAGCCGAGUUUGUCCGUGAGAGUGCUGCUAUUCAGGAGACUUAUUCCAAAUCUAUGAGCAAACUGGCCAAGAUGGCAAGCAACGGAAGUCCACUGGGGACUUUUGCUCCCAUGUGGGAUGUGUUCAGAGUGUCUUCAGACAAACUGGCCCUCUGCCACCUCGAGCUGAUGAAGAAGAUGAAUGAUCUCAUCCGGGACAUCAACAAGUACGGAGAUGAGCAGGUCAAAAUUCACCGCAAGACAAAGGAGGAGAUGGUGGGGACAGUGGAGGCGGUGCAGGCGCUGCAGGUUCAGAGCGGCCACCUUCAGAAAUCAAAGGAGGGUUACCACGCCAAGUGUUUGGAGCUGGACCGGCUCAGGAAGGAGGGAGCUCCACAGAAAGAACAGGAGAAAGCGGAGCUGAAGUCUAAGAAAGCAGCUGAGUCAUUUGGGCUGUGCAUCGAAAAGUACAACCGCGUGGGAGGAGAGUUUGAGCAGAAGAUGAGCGAGUCUUCGCAGAAGUUUCAGGAAAUCGAGGAGGCCCACCUGCGACAGAUGAAACAGCUGAUCAAAGCUUACUCUCACUCCAUAGAAGACACCCAUGUUCAAGUGGGACAGGUCCACGAGGAAUUCAAGCAGAAUGUGGAAAACAUCGGCAUUGAUAACCUCAUCCAGAAAUUUGCGGAGCAGAAGGGCACGGGGAAAGAAAGGCCUGCUCUGGUUGGUUUUGAGGAGUACAUGACAGCUUUGGCACCAGAAGUUGGGAAGAAGAGUCGGGCAAAAGCUUUCAGGAUCCCUGGCCUCGGCAAGAGGGACAAGGAGCCAGACUCUACUGACUCCACUGCACCAGAAACCCUGAAUUCACCCCUGGAGGUAGACGACGAGGGAUUUGUCAUCCGAGCUGACAGCACUCACAAUGGCUGCUCUGUGGACAAGGAGAACAACUUUUACUCCAGUGACUCGGACUUCGAUGACGAGGAGCCCAAAAAGUUCCACAUCCAGAUCAGACCGGUCACCAGCAGCAGUCGCAGUAACUCCGCUGCGACGGAGAAAGAGCUGAAAGCCACCGUCGGGUCGCUCACUCUGCCGCCCAACAGAGUCGCCCGGCCACAGGUGACUGUGAAGCGGCAACUCUCCAGAAACUCAAGUACUGCAGGACUUCGCUCAGAAGAGGGCGAAGGUGCCUCCCACAGGGAUGGAGAGCAGGAAGGCCUCCGCAGGUCCACCUCCAGUCCUGAUCACAGCAGGUUGAGUUCAACACCGUUGAGUUCUGACAGUCUUUUCGGACCGCCGCUGGAAUCUGCCUUCAAGUCCAAAAGCUUUGAUGGUCGAGACCAACUCAGAGAGCAGAGCGCCUUUGGUGCCUCUGAAUACGCUGCCUUCUCAUCUGACUCCUCUUCUCCAGAGAACGUUGAAGACUCUGGCCUGGACUCGCCUUCUCAUCAGCCUCUUGGGCCCUCCCCAGAGCCGGUGGGUUGGGCGGCUUGGCCUCCUGUGUCACAGAGUAAAGAACCAACACAAACACUGGCGCGACCUGCGGACCCUUUCCUCUCUGCUUUCCGUGACCCCUCCCAUGGUCGUAGUCCUCACCCUCAGGACGACCCUGCCAGCGCCUGGUCCGUCGCCUCGUCACGUCCCUCUCGGGCCCCCCGAGACAAGGACCCCUCUUCCAUGCGUUUCCCUGCAUUCCCCCAGUCCCUCCCCCUGCCUGAGAUGGAGUCGUCUGUGUGGAACUGCAAACACAUCCCCGCCGAGGACCCCUUCCUCGCUGCGUUUGAGAGGAGCGUCACCCAGGAGAAUGUGAACCUGUCUGACGCCUGGUCGCGUCCGCCGCCUCGCCCAGCCCAGGAGGGGAGGGGGGGGGAGGUGCGAGGGGAGUCAUUUUCAAUCACCUUUAACAACACAAAGACACUCCCAGCCUCAUCCUCUUCCUCCUCCUCUUCAUCCGCCUCCAAUCGUAAAAACAGAGACAGGAAACGAGACCAGAGCCUCCCUCCUCCCGUUACUUCUGAUGACCCAUUUGCGAUCACGAUGAUCGGCAGCCCAACGCACCAGUCUACGCUGGCUGCAGCAGCGGGGUUGAUCCUUCCACACAGCAGCAGCAGCAGCAGCAAAGGGGCUGGGGGGGGCUCCACCAACAGCAAUAGGCUGGUACUCGAUGCUAAUUCAAACUCUCUGCCCACGGCUCAGCCCAAGAAGGAGCUGAUGCACUGGAACUCUGUCCACAACCCGUUUAGUGAAAGUGUCUCUGGAGGGCUGGGCAGCUCCAAGACACUCGAAGGAGGAGGAAAAGGAGAGGGAGGAGGAGAGAGGAGGAAACAUCGGUCAUCAGAGAGCGAGCCACGCAGGAACGCCCCUCCACUCACCAGGCACUCAGGACCACAGGAGGAUCUGUGUUUCUCCACAGACAAAGAUCAAGACUGCCUUGAUCUGAACACCCCGAUAUCCUGCAGUAUCGUUCCACACAAGGGGUCCAAGCUGAACUUCAGACAGGACACAAGUGAAGUGCUCACAGCUGCUCCUCCGAAAGUGACCCGGGCCAAGAGGACUUUAGGCCGACUCAGCGGCUGUGAGAGAUCGCGGUCUCUGUGCUCCUCCCCACUGCCGGAGCCCAGCCAUUCCCUCACCUCCUCCUCCUCCUCCUCCAGCCCCAGUGAGUGGGGCCCUCAAGCCAGGGACAUCGAUUGGGCGAGUCAGAACCGAGCACCCAGUCCUGCUCGGGUAGGACAAGCCUCCCCGCUUACCUUCCAGCACCAGGACCUCCCACAGAGACAGUUGCACCUGUCGCGAGGCCCCAGUCCCAUUUCCCUCAGCACACAGGAGGCCUGGCCCGUGGCUGCUGCCAUCACAGAAUAUAUCAAUGCCUAUUUCAAAGGUGGACAGCACAACCGUUGUCUGGUGAAGAUCACAGGUGACCUGACAAUGUCCUUCCCUGCUGGCAUUACCAGGAUUUUCUCUGCCAACCCCAACGUUCCUGUACUCAGCUUCAGACUGGUGAACAUCGCGAGGAUCGAUCACUUCCUGCCAAACCAGAAGCUGCUUUACAGUGAUCCGUCCCAGAGUGACCCGGACACCCGAGACUUCUGGUUCAACAUGCAGGCUCUGCAGCUCUACCUGCAGAGAGAGGCUGAGCUAAACCCUCAGGCCUCAUACUACAACGUCGGCCUGCUCAAGUAUCAGGUGUCAUCUCAGGACCCGGGCCGCGCCCCCCUCCUGCUGUCUGCAGAGUGUCAGCGCAGCGGCACUGUGACCCGGGUGUCCCUGGAUUACCACUGCUGCCCUGCCACCGCGCCCUCCACCCAGCUGGCUGCGGUCCAGGUGCUGCUGCCGUUAGACCACACCGCCACAGACCUGCAGUGCCAGCCGCCCGCAUCCUGGAACGCUGAGGAAAGACGGCUGCUGUGGAAACUCCCCAACCUCUCCCCGACCAACCACAGCAAAGGCUCAGGGACCCUGUGCGCCAGCUGGCAGUGCCUGGAGGCCCCCCGCGGCCCCCCACCCAGCCUGGCUGUUCAGUUUGUGGGCUCCGGGGCCUCGCUGGCGGGCCUGGACGUGGAGCUGGUGGGCAGCCGCUACCGCAUGUCACUGGUCAAGAAGAGAUUCGCCACAGGGAAGUACAUGGCCGGCUGCUCCCUGUGAACAGUGUGAAGGACCGUCGCUGCAGGUUCAGAGAACUUUGCACUUUUUCAAAAUCAAAGGCCAGGAAGAGAUGACCGAAACAAACAGCUCAGCCUUAAAGGACGAUGUGCACUUACUUCUGACAGUGUCGUGCUGUUUGAGGACCAAGCCUUUCCUCUCCCCUCUAACUUAAGGUGUGUGUGUGUGUGUGUGUGUGUGUGUGUGUGUGUGUGUGUGUGUGUGUGUGUGUGUGUGUGUGUGUGUGUGUGUGUGUGUGUGUGUGUGUGUGUGUGUGUGUGUGUGUGUGUGUGUGUGUGUGUGUGUGUGUGUGUGUGUGUGUGUGUGUGUGUGUGACACUCAGUCGUUCUGCGUUUAGCGGGAGGAAACCUCUUUUUGUAUUGAAACCUUGUGUUCUGAGACUGCAAACUGAGCUGGAUGUCAGAACUUUUCUUGAAUUGUAGAAAACUGAAAAACAUGUGAAUAUAAGUUGCCAUGGAAACUAGAAUUUUAAAUUAUACUGUAUGGAAGAAAUCCCCUAAAGAUCUUGUACCAAACCUUAGAAAAAUAAAUGUUUGUAAAUCCGCUGUUUGUUUCAAAUAAAAGUUUUGUGAUGUUGAUGUUUGAUAAAAAAAUAAAUGUGCUCAAACGUU